AUGUCACAGCAAAUGAAGCAUCACAAGACGACAGGAGCGACUGUUCAUUGGGAAAAUACCGCGGAUCAGGAGGAAGAAGAUCAGAAAGAUGAUUUUUCGUGGAAUAAAGAGAGAAGUACCAGUAUAUCAGAAUAUCCCGGUAUCGAUUGUGGUAAUUCAUGGAUGCAUUCUCCAGCAUAUGACGAUUUUUCGUCAACAAUUCUUCAGAGACAUCGACGAUCAAGUGUUCUAGUGGGUAAACGUUCCAUGCAGUUACUUGAAGAAUCUGGAGAGGAAGAACCAAAAUUUGUAAAGUUCAUAAUCAAGAUAUAUAACAAAUGGGGUUUCUGGAUUACUCGCUUUGCUUGGCCUGCUAUGAUCAUCUGUCUAUUGAUUUCAGCUAUAGCACUUAUCAAAAUAUUCUACACUCCGCAACGCAAUGAUCUCGAAGGUUACUCACCAUUUGAAGCACGUUCUCGCAUUGAAUACAAUAGAUAUUUGAACUUCUUCUCAAGAAAUGGUUUGGCAAUAUCCACAUAUUUGUAUAUUACCGCUAAAGAUGGCAAUUCUAUGCUUCGACCAAAUCAUCUUAAUGAUACCAUUGAAGUAUUACAUUUGGCUUCCAACAAUAUCACAUUGUACGAUCCAAUUACACGCCAAAAUCAAUCCUUCAAUCAAUUCUGCAAAGAGUUUUGUAGAAUAAAUGAGCCCGUAUUACAGUUUUACAAUGCAUAUAUGGUACAGAAAUGGAAUCUGGACAGUGGUGAUCCUCCAAAUCCAUAUCUAAGACUUAAAUAUCCCAUUAGUACUCUGUUUGGUCGUGAGAUAAAUAUUCAGCCAUACUUCUUUGGUGUAGAAUUGUACAAUGAGACUGAAACAAAAGAGGAGAUCGAUGAAGAAACGGAAAGUUUACGUCAACUUUUCGGAAACGAUACAAAUAUUGAAUUGUUAAUUGGCUUAAAUGAGACAUAUCCACCAAUAACAAAUAUGAAAUCAGUAAAGAUGAUUUCAUUGCAACUUCGUGCCUUAGAAAAUCCCCAAUGGAGUAAAGAUGAAAUGAAACAAUGGGAGAUGAAUGUCGUUCAUUUCUUCGAAAAUUAUCAAUCAGAGUAUUUGACGGUCUAUGUCAUUUCUACCACUUAUAUCGAGGAAGAAAUGGUUCGUGCCGGAAUAUCACUGCUACCGUAUCUAACUGCUGGUUUUAUCAUUAUGUGCACCUGUUCUGUAAUUACUGUAAUGGUUCGUGCUGCUUACAUGCAUCAGAAUAACAUAUUCAAGGUUUUUCUGGCGGUAAUGGCUUGCGCUACACCAUUACUAGCAUGUUCCACUGCUUUAGCAAUCCUAUUUCUGUGUGGUAUGAGAUUCUCCUCAAUACUUUGCGUCAUACCUUUUCUGGUCUUAUCUAUUGGUAUUGAUAGUUCAUAUCUAAUGAUCCAUGAAUGGCAGCGAGUAACGAAGGAGAUACGGGACAGUGAAAAAAAGGUACUCAGUGAAGUUGGUCCCGCGAUACUGAUCUCUGCGAUAACUAAUAUAUUGGCUGAUGCUGUUGGUUGUUUUACAUCUUCUCCUGAAAUUCGUCUAUUAUGCAUUGGAAAUUUAUUCUCUAUGUUUGUGGCGUAUUUAUAUCAGAUGUCCUUUUAUUCUGGUUUGAUGUCUGUUGUCGGAAAAUUUGAGAUUGCAGCAGAAAAGAAUGAUGAUAAUAUCACAAAUAUUGCAAUACAGAAAAGUCAAGUGAAUAUUAGAAAAUGCAGUGAGAUAACUCGUAAAAAUUCGAGAUUUCACGAUAAAUCUAAGUUAUAUAUCAGUAAAUACAUGCGAGUAUAUGUGAAUAUCAUCGCUCAUCCUGUGACAGCAACACUGAUCAUUGUCCUUUACAUUACUUACCUUAUCAUCACUAUUUGGGGGAUAACACGAAUGAAUAUCAGUCUAACACCUCAGAAGUUAUUUGCAGCAGAUUCCCCGCUGAUAAAGCUCGAUAAGCUACGCGCAGAAUACCAAGUACCGGUCUUUACGAUGGCAUCGGUGUUCGUGGAAACACCUGGAGAUUUGUCGCAGAGAUUGCCACUUCUUCUGAUGAAUAAUAUGGUUCAGGAUUUCGAAAACCUUAACGGUAGCUGGGGACCCACUGGUACCAUGUAUUUCGUGCGCGAUUUCGCCUUGUUCCAGAAUUUUUUGCGAUCCGAUCAUGAUUAUGAUGUUGACGUUUUGGAUGAUGUUAGUACCACAACAGUGGAUCCGGAUGAUGUUCUCAGGUUCAAUAACGAUAUUCUAGCAGAUUUUUUAGCAUUGCCGGAAUACGAUUUUUGGUCCGGAUUCGUCCAAUUGCAAAAUUUGAGCACUGAUGGAAAGAAGAAAAAACUGAAAAGAUUUUUCUUCACCACAGGUUAUCAUGACGAAAAUUUGAAAGAAUGGUUGGCACGAGGGAAAUUACUAAAGCAAUGGCGUGCUAUCGUGGACAAGGCUAUUUACGAGUCAUUCCACGCUUCCGUAUACCAUGAAGAUGCCAUCUUUCUGGAUCUGAUCGAUAAUAUGCCAACGGAUACGUGGCAAUCGAUAGCAGGGACACUGGUUUGUAUGGCUGCGGUAUGCUUCCUCUUCCUUCGGAAUAUGCUUACAGUGAUUAUUGCAACUGCUUCUGUCCUCUCUGUGUGUAUUGGUAUCUUGGGCAUACUAUCCUGGUGGAAUGUUGAACUGGAUCCGAUUUCAAUGGCUGCUAUGAUAAUAUCCACUGGUUUCAGUGUUGAUAUUCCAGCACAUGUCGCUUAUCAUUACUGCAAAGCCAGCGAAGAAUCGACAUCUCAGGCUAGACUUGGCAACUGUCUUACUUCAGUGGGAUUUCCAGCAGUACAGGCAGCAUUGUCCACUAUACUAUGUGUAUACAGCUUAUGGUUCGCCGGCAUUUAUAUGUCGCAGGUCUUUGUGAAAACAAUGGUAACUUCCGUUGUACUAUGCAAUUUACACGGUCUCGUGAUCCUACCAGCUAUACUCUCAAUAGUUCAUCGGGUUAGAGGUCGACUCGACGAUAGCAAAAUCUACAGUACGCCAGCUGAACGUGCGGUAAAUAAACGAUUGAAACAAAUCAAGAAACGAAUGGCCAAGACAACAGAAAUACAAAGAAGGAAUGGACAUCAGCUGGACUUGAAAAUGGACCGACCAGCAAUUCCUGAAUUCAGCGUUUCUUAG